AUGUUUGGCCGUUUGCUUUGUAGGAGGUAUCACGUUAAUUCUCUAAAAUCUCUCUAUGGUCAAGUUGAUUCGUUACCUAGCAAAGUAUCAAAUAUCAAUGGUUGGAUUAAAUCGGUGAGACUAUUGAAAAAAGUUGCAUUCAUUGAUAUACAAGAUGGUACUAUAUUGAAAGAAUUAAAAAUAGUCGUUCCAUUCGAUUCUCAAAGUAAUUUAUCCUCUGAAGUUGCUACAUUUUUGAAGAGUUUAAGAACUGGCCAAAGUAUUGCAAUAAAAGAUGCCAAGUUAGUGGAAACUGAAGGUAGAGAACAACGGUUUGAAUUGAACAUUACUGAUCCAAUAGACAAUAUUUCAAUAAUUGGUAAUGUCUCCGAAUCAUAUCCAUUGCAGAAGAAGUAUCAUUCAUUGCCUUAUCUCAGGACAUUGCCAACAUUAAAGCAUAGAACAUCAUAUUUGGGUUCGUUGCUGAGGUUUAGAUCUGAAUUAGAAUAUAAUAUGGCCACUUUCUUCAAACUGAAUCAAUUUACAAAGGCAUCACCACCAAUUUUAACCGGAAGUGAUUGUGAAGGUGCUGGUGAAUUAUUUAGGGUCGAAGCAAAUGGUUAUGUUGAAAAGAAGCAACAUUAUUUUGGGAAACCAACUUAUCUAACAGUAUCUUUGCAAUUACAACUAGAAAUAUUAGCAAUGGCAUUUUCGAGAGCUUGGUCUCUUUCUCCAUGUUUUAGAGCUGAAGAAAGUGACACUAACCGUCAUUUGAGUGAAUUUUGGAUGAUGGAGGCAGAAUGGUGUUUUACAAAAGAUACAAAAGAGUUGACCACUUUUGUAAAAGAUAUGAUUCAAUAUAUUACUCGUGAAUCAUAUAAAAACUUUGAUGAUUUCAUUCCUAAGAAUAUACCUGAAAACUGUCUACCAAGAAAUGAGCUAUUAGAAAGGUGGGAAACAUUAUUAAGAGAUGAAUCAUGGAAUACUAUCACAUACACAGAGGCAAUUGAAAUCCUGCAAAAGAGGGAUAAAGAGGUACCUUUCCCAAAUUACAGACCUAUUUGGGGGGAAGCUUUACAAUCUGAGCAUGAGAGAUGGCUAUCAGAAUCGUAUUUUAAAGGUCCUACGUUUGUAACUGACUAUCCUCGUGAUUGCAAAGCAUUCUAUAUGAAAUUGAAUCCUGAUGGACAGACAGUUGCAUGUUUUGAUUUAUUAGUUCCUGGGAUUGGUGAGAUUGUUGGUGGCAGUAUAAGAGAGGAUAAUUUCGAACUAUUAUCCAAGGAGGUGUCUCGACGUCAAAUGAAUAAAAAUGGCGAAUUGGACUGGUACCUAUCAUUAAGAAAAGAAGGAAGUGUCCCACAUGGUGGAUUUGGAUUGGGUUUAGAAAGAUUUGUAUCCUAUCUAUACGGUAACCAUAAUAUUAGAGAUGCGAUCCCAUUUUAUAGAGCCGCAUCUGGUAAUAUUGACCUAUAA